AUGUCGCCCUUACCACCUAAGCCUGCAACAGCCGAUAGCGGAUCCAUCACCCAGCCGGGUCCGCUGGAAAACACCUAUACAUCCGACAAGAGUCUGCAACGGGCAUUGGCAUGGUAUCUUCCAUCUGACAUACUGCACUCUGUAGAGCCGCAUCUGACCCAGCUCGGCGCCGAAGCCGUGUCUGAGCGAGUGCGUGAAUGGAGUGCGGACGCAGAGCGUUAUCAGCCUUAUGUCAAGAGCUACAAUGUUUGGGGGAGGCGGUAUGACUAUGACCGUCUGAUUACCAGCGAGGGCUGGAAGCAACUGGGAAAAUGGGGCGCAAAGCACAGGAUUGUUUCCGCGGGAUAUGAUCCCGCCUUCGGAUUGCAGAGGAGGACAGUCCAAUAUGCAUUAAACUACCUCUACUCCCCUUCGUCUGGGCUAUACUCGUGCCCCAUUAGUAUGACUGAUGGGGCUGCGUUUAUUUUGUCCUUGAAGCUCUCUAGGCUUCCCCCCGCACAUCCUUUCCAUACCGUGUUCGAACGGCUCAUCUCAGAGAAAGAUGACCACUGGACCUCGGGUCAAUGGAUGACCGAGAGAGCUGGUGGCAGUGAUGUGCAAAACACUGAGACCUGGGCCGCGUACUCGCCACAGCCCAAUUCUGAAAAUAUUGACCCGCUUGCAAAUGGGGACUACCUGAUCAAUGGGUUCAAGUUCUUCUCUUCGGCCACCGAUGCAAACGUGGCCUUGUUGCUAGCGAAAACACCAUCCGGCAAGCUCAGCACAUUCCUUGCACCACUGCGGAAAACAGUCAUCGGGGACGAUGGCAUGCCCCGGGAGGUCUCAAAUGGCGUUCGAAUUCACCGGCUGAAAAACAAACUCGGUACGAAGGAACUGCCGACUGCCGAACUGAAUCUCAAGGAUAUGAGGGCGCACCUGGUAGGAGGCGUAGACCAGGGCAUUGUCACUAUUGCACCUCUUCUCAACCUCACCCGCAUUCACACUUUUAUUGGCUCUCUUUCUGGCUGGCGGCGCGCACUCAGCAUCGCGAAGAGCUUCGCAAAGGCUAGAUCCACUGUUGGUGAGCCGUUGUGGCUGAUUCCGAUGCAUUUGCGUCUGUUGGCAGACUUGGAAGUCAAACACCGCGGCGGGAUGAACCUUGCAUUCUUUACCAUUGCAGUGAUGGGGCUGGUGGAGAACAAGGCAUCCCAAUCUUCACCGAAUACGCAUCUGCCUCGGCCUGGACAAGAGGCCGACGUCGUGUUCCGUACUUUGACUGCCACCGCAAAAGCAGUGAUUAGCAAAACGGCUAUUGCUGGGAUUCAGGAAUGCCAAGAGUCGAUGGGUGGUGUGGGUUAUAUGGAUGAGGCCGACGAGCCCGAGUUCAACAUCUCCCGCAUUUUGCGAAACACCGCGGUCAACUCGAUCUGGGAGGGAACCACUAAUGUCCUUGCUAGCGAAGUGGUCCGCUUCCUUCUGAAGAAGGAUCACUUCGACGUCUUUGCUGCAUGGCUGGAGCGCACUUUGGGCUUGAUCCAAACUGCAUGUCUACGCGAUGCUUUGCUCGCCAUCUGGUCAGCUUUGCGUGCCCGAUUUGCCAGCAGGAGUCAGAAUCCAGCGGUCAUGCUGGCUGAUGCUCGGCGCUAUAUUUUUACUCUAUCUUGGAUCUUGUCGGGAAUGCUUUUGGCUCUCGAUGCCGAGCGAGAUCGGGAUCCUGUGAAUAGUGAGAUUGCACGCCGCUGGGUUCUGAGUGGUGAGAGUGGUGUGGGAGACACGGUAUUCCGUGACAUUGUCACCUUCAAAAAUGGUGAUGACACGGCCUCUAAUGAGGAGGAGUGUCUACAAUGGGAUUGCAGGAUUGCUUGGGGCAUUGAUCUACCAGCCAACCGAGCCUCUGGCCAUCGUUCAUUGCAGAGUACUGGGGCAAAACUAUGA